GAGUAUUUUAGAUAGCUUAUUAAUUCAUAAUUAUUUUCACAUUUUACAGUCCCCUGGUUGUUAGCGUAUUGUGGGAUAGUGUUUCUGUGUUGCAGUGGAUGAACUCGGAGGAGGGCACACAGAUCUGCUACUGCUGAUGGAGACAGGGGAGUUUCCUGACAGCAGCAGAACUGUCACCAAGUUAGCCUGCCAGCUAGCUAGCUAGCUGCGCACAGUCACUGGUAGCGUCUAAACUAAGCUAACUAGCUGUGUUGUGCAGACAUCCGUCAUGGAUUUGAACAGCAUAUUGUCGCAGCUUGAAAGUGCAAACGAUGAGGACGUAGAGAAGCUUUUACAGCAGUACAGUCGAGAAAAUGCUCGGACCUUUGCUUUUGAGCAAAAAGAAGAGACCCUGCGGACUAAACUUUGCCAGAAUGUGUUGACAGUUCUUGGGAGGCAGGUGCGACCCAGCUGUCAGAGGACAUGUCUGGAGACACUCCGCAUCCUGUCCCGAGAUAAGCGUGUCCUGGCACCUGUAGCCACCAGGGAAGGAAUGCUGAUCCUGGCAGGGAUGGCAAGGCUACGUGCUGGACAGGAGGAGGAUGCUAACCAGGAAAGCUCUCAGGAAAACACACAGUCAGAGGAAGAGGAGGAGAGGGUAGUGGUGGAGGCCUUAAAGUGCCUUUGCAAUGUGGUGUACAACAGUCCUGCGGCUCAGCAGGUUUGUGUAGAUGUAAAACUGGCUAAUGGCCUGUGUACCAGCCUGCGUACCACACACACAUGGCAACACGAGGUGGGCCUGUUCACAUUGCGCCUUCUCUUCCUACUGUCUGCCCUCCGACCUGAUGUGAGAGGGGUUUUGAGGAGAGAGUGGCAUGCUGUGAAACUGCUGACAGAGGUGCUGGAGCACACCCUGGAUGUUCGCUGGGUUGGCCCUUAUGAAGCCGCCCGUCCCGAUCCACAGACCCUGCCCAUGCCUGCAGAGGAUAACGAGCGAGCGAUGGAAGCACUUAAAGCCUUGUUCAAUCUUACAUUGUCAGAAGCUCGUGAUGAAGAGGACGACCACCAGUUCCGCCUCAUAGCUGCUAUCCUGCGUCACCUGCUGAUGUUGAACACAGAGACAGAGGAUAAAACAGAAGAAGCACACAGCCAUGCAGUAAACCUGCUUAACAACUUGCCUGUGUCCUGCCUGGAUGUGCUGAUUGACGUGCCUGUCCAGGGGGGACAAGAGAAAUAUGGUGGAAAAAACAUGGAAGCAGUGCAAGUCUUAUUAGACUUCAUGGAGAAGAGAAUAGACAAGCAGGGCUCCAACUACAAGGAGGGUUUGACUCCGGUGCUCAGCCUUUUAACUGAAGGAUCCAGAUGCCACAGAGAGAUCCGCAGAUAUAUAAAAGCUCAGGUACUUCCCCCAUUAAAAGAUGUGAAGAUCAGGCCAGAGGUUGGCACCACCAUCAGAAACAAGCUGGUUCGCCAGAUGACACAUGUGGACAUGGGCGUAAAGCAGAUGGCUGCAGAGUUUCUUUUUGUUCUCUGCAAAGAAAGCGUGGACAACCUGUUGAAGUACACUGGAUAUGGAAAUGCAGCAGGGCUCCUUGUGGCUCGAGGGCUUCUUGCUGGAGGGAGAGGAGAGACUCAAUACUCUGAAGAUGAAGACUCAGACACAGAGGAAUACAAAUCUGCUAAGCCCUUCAUUAACCCCAUAACUGGUCAUGUGGAGGAACCGAUGCCGAAUCCCAUUGAAGAGAUGACGGAGGAGCAGAAGGAGUAUGAAGCAGAAAAACUGGCUAAUAUGUUCGACAAGUUGUCAAGGCAGAACGUGAUUCGGCCGAUGGGCGUCCGGCCAGAUGGGACGUUAGCACCUCUUGAAGAAACACUCUGUGAUCUGCCUGAGGACAACUCGGAAUCAGACUCUGACUAGAGCAUUUUUGAGACUACAUUUUCCAGACUAAGCCCACUGCCCAACCCCCCCACCCAACAACACAUUUAGACCUGUGUCCCAUUUCAAGGGCUGGAUCCUUCUGUGGACUCUUGAAUCUGUGCCCCCAUCCUAAAUGAGACUUAAUCUCAUCAAACAAAACUCACAUGAUACACAUAGAAAAUUACUUUCCAUUGAACUAAACUGAUUAUUAGACAUUCACACAAAUGUUGAACAGGGGAAAAUACAAUUAUAGCCAGGUUACUGUGACAGGUUUGUCCUGAACUGCAACAGAUGCUAACCAACUAGCAAAUACUGUGUCAGGUUAGUGGUGAAAAACACAGGAUACAACUUUUGUUGAUCAAACAUCAAUUUUUUUUUUUUACAUCUUGCAGGAAAAUCAGUUGUCCUUUGGUGUAGUUAAAGGGAUGCAGUGACUAUUUAAAUAAAAAUUGAAAUUAUAUCAGACAUAAUAGAAUUGAAUUAAUUGGCAGGGACUGAGAAGCACCAUUAAAGACUGGGGUGGAUUGUGGGAUAUUGAGUAAAAGCUUUGAGAAGAAAGUAUUAAAACAUAAAAAUCAUACUUCAUUGAGAACAUGUUUUUGAAUUAGGAAGGCUUUGUUGAACUGUGAAGGCACAUUUAGACAAACUUAGACCUCUGAUGAUCCAGUCACGAAGUGGGACACAGCUGAAUGUUUAACAGGACUUUCUAAAGGCUUUGUGCAGGCGGUUAACCAUUGUCAAAAGUGGGAGAGUUUGGACUGAUGUGAAGGAGGAUAACUCCAUGGAGUGGGUCAUAGUUCAUUGAAGCCCUUUUAUUGUUACUGUUGUACUGUUUUUCUGCUCCUCAAAUUGGAAAAAAUAGAAAUAAUUUUGCUGGAUCAUUUGUUUUUCACUGCAAAGACUUUUUUUUUUUGCCACGUUUUGUUUAUAGUCUGAAUAAUCAUUCCUUUACAUUUUUUAAGUUUGUCUAUGUAAUGCAGUUGCACACCACACAUGUAAAAUGUAGAAUUGUAGUAAACACUGAACAGUGAAGCUUCUCCUCGGUUUAAAGUCACACAACAGGAUUGGUGGUAACUAGAAAACAUGGCAGCAUUAGUGGGGAUAACAAACAUGCAGCUCAGUGUCUGUCUACACUUGGAUGUGUAAUCGUGAAUGUUGCACACUUUUUUUUUUCCUUUUACUUAAAUUCAGGACUUGGCUGACGCUCACUUUAUGGUGUUUUGGACAGAACAAGAAAAAAUAUACAAUUCAAAAUGUAGUUGCUAUAUUUUCCUGUGGUAAAUGACAGUAAAUGCCUGUUGACUUUUGACAAUGAUAUGUGUAUAAUACAGUGAUUGUUCUUUAUUUAUAAUUUUAUAUAUAUAAGUUUUGCCAAAUCUGCAUGAUGCCUAAUCAAAAAGAAAAAAAAUGUUGACACACUAUGAAGAUAGAAAGUGUUGGUAAUUUUAUAUGCAUUUACAUUUUUGGUGCAUGUACAUAUUGAACGAAAUGUUUUUAAUUUUCUACCCCUUCUGUUGGUUCAGUUUAAGUUAAGAGCUACCAUUUCUUUAGUAAGCUGGAUGAGAGGCCAUGAAUUCACAACAGACUUGGCUGCUCAUCAGAAGUCCUGCUUUGGGUUGAAAAAUAUGUUUUUUAAAGUAAAUGUUUGCAGAUUAUAAUCCAAAAAAAUGAAUACUGCUCGGAGGACUCGUCUUUCUUGACAUUUAAUGGUGAGUUCACUUGUUUAAUAGUAAUUCUGAACAAACCUUUGAGCCUGGCUGUGAAUCACCACUACUGCCUGCUCACACGAGUUUUUACCUUUUAAAUCUUUUACCUGAAUUUCCUGUUAAAAUGUUUGUUUUUAAUAGUUUCAGAAGGUUUUCAGUGAUUUAUAAUGAAGCAUUCAUUGAGUUUUUCAUUGUGCUCUCCUGUAAAUACUUUCCUGUUCCUUCGUAAUCAUCUUGGGAUGCAUGCAUCUGCGGAGAGUACGUCGUUUUCAUUCUUUGUGCACUUUUUGCGAACUGUAGGUAGCACCACUUUUUUAUGUUGAGGCUUCCACUGAAAAGUUAAUAAAGUUGAGAAUUAAA